AUGGGAGCAAUGUCAAAAUUCGACAAAGUGCGGAUGUUAGCUUCUGUGCUUUCUUUCAAGCAUUACGGGCCUGGUCUAUGUGGAAUGUUCGCAUUCAUUGCCAUCAUCAAAUGGUACAGCAGGACAAUCAAAGCAUCAAGAAAGGCCUUGAUGCCAAAGACUAGACAAAAGCCGAAAGACAAAGUGCACGUUGAUGGAGCAUUCUUUCGCAAACUCUGGCGUAUACUGAAAAUUCUUGUACCAAGUCCUUUUUGUGGAGAGGUCUUUUACCUCAUUCUUAUAGCUGUGGCAUUGCUCUCUAGAACUUAUGCUGAUCUGUAUAUGAUCACAAAAACUACAAGAAUUGAAGCAACGAUUAUAAACCGUGACAAAAUACAGUUUAUCUUGGAUUUGGUCAAGUAUAUCCUGGCACUUCCAGCGAUUUCUGUGACGAAUACUAUCCUGAAGCUAAGAUUCCGUGAACGAUUAACCGAACACCUCUACGGACAGUAUCUAAAUGGUUUUACAUUCUACAAAAUGUCCAAUCUUGACAACCGGAUCCAAAACGCUGAUCAACUAUUGACCCAGGACGUCGAUAAAUUCUGUGAGGGACUCGUCGAGCUUUACUCGAAUCUCACGAAGGUAAUGUGA